AAAAAAAAAAAAAAAAAAAAGUCAUUUGGAGUAUGAUGAUUGAGGUUUUUUGUUUUUUUUUUUUUUCUCUAAAAACGACAACGGGGUGUCUUAAAAAAAAAACACUUGUCGAUCCUUCUUUCUUUAGCCAUAUUGGCAAUUCGCUUAAAAGAAAAAGGUCGAGAGCUUCAUGUGAUUACACAGCUUUUUGUCUUUCUUUAGAUGAUAAAGAAAUGUGGCAACUUUCAGAGCAGUCUAUGAUACCUGAAAGAAAAAAGAUAGAGACAAUGAAAAAAAAGAAAGAAAGAAAGAAAAGAACAUAAAGUUUAUUUUAAUUUUUUUGUGUACUGAUCUACCCAA